UUUUCGUAGAAUUAAAUAUGAAUUUUACCGACGAUCCGCUAGCAGAUUUGCUAAGUGACAAUAGCUUGGACAAUGACAGCUUUUUCGAUGCGCCAGGAGGCUUGAAAAAACAAGCCAAACCGGGAAAGCCCAAGGGAAAGCUUGAGGAUUUAUUUGGCAUACAAGAGGAGACGGAGGCGGAUGUACAGGGACAGGGCCAGCGUGCCAAAGGCAGACCCAUUGCUGCCAGCACGCCGAGGAUUGUAAAGCAGAAACCUUCUAUCUCUCUGGAUGACGAUGCCGGCGAAGACGAUGACUUGGGCUUUGAUCCCAAGCGGCCAAAGAGUGGUGGAGCAAAAAUAAACCUUUUUGAUGAUUUACUGGAACCAAAGAAAAAUAUUUUCGAUGAGAUACUAACUGGAGGUGAGGCCUCGAAACGUCCUUCCACUGCCAAACCAUCAAUGUCGCGACAAUCCACGGAUACAACCACGGAGAACUCACAAGCAAGGCCCAAGACUUCCACAGGACGAAGAAGCUCCGCCCAAUCUGCUACAGUUAAUGCUGAUCCGCUGGGACUCUUUGGCAAGGAUACAAAUGCCACAGUGUCCGGAAUGUCCACUCCAGUUUCCAGAAAACGAGGAACUACAGCAGAUUGGUUGGGUCUUGAGGCAGCAGCAGCCUCCGCUGCAGCCAUUGUGGACCAAGAAAGGCCAAGUACACCGAAACCUGUAGUCUCCAAGGAGCCGAUAGAAGUCAGUACUUCUGCCAAAAACCCCACUGACAUCCUACGAUUGCCGGAUUCUGAUGAAAAUGACCAAGAUCAGGAAGCUGAAAUCCCUGCCGUAGCUCCUUCAAGUACUGCUACGCAGAAUAUUCUGAUGCUAAGUAGUCUCAAUAUGGAGAGCAGUCAUAAAUUUAAUGCUCUUCAGCAACAGGAAGCUCAGCUGGUAAUUGCUGCCCAGAUGAAGAACCAGGAGCGCACCUUAAUGGAGAUGCAGCGGCGCCAGGAGAACCAGGAUCGAAAGUUCCAGGCUUUAAUCCAGCAGCAGCUACAGCGCCAGCAACAAAUGGAGGAGAAUAUCAAGGGCCAGCAGGAGCGCAUUAACAUGCACAUCCAGCUUAUGAUGGCGCAGCCUGUUCAUGUCCAAGAGAUUCCUGCUGCCAUAGCAGAAAAGCCAGAAAAGAAUAACAUGGAUACUACGAGGGAGGCUAGCAAGGAACAGGAGCUCUUACUCCAGCUCGAAACGGAUGUAAAGCGCAAUAUGCUGGAGAAGCAGCGACUGGAGGAACUGGUGGCCAACAUGAAGGUGAACUACGAACAGGAAAUUGAAAUGAUUGAUACAUCCUACAAGAAACAACUUAAAGUCCUGGAGGAGCACUUGGCGGCAGUUGAGGAGCGCCUGAAGCUGGAGAACACUGAGCUACGUCAAUACUACACUGAAAAGCUAGAGAAGCUUAAAGAAGACUAUAUGGAACAAAUCUCCAACUUAAAACAGGACCAUGAAGAUGAGGUGCGAAAACUCCGACAUUCACACGAAUUGGAUUUAGAGGGCAUAAGACAGGCCAAGUCUCUGGAACUAUCGGCUGUACAGGAUCACGGGAACUAUCUGGAAACGUUACGACUGGCGUCGGACAAUAUUCAGGAGCUGCGGGACGGGAUGAGUGGCAGUCAGGAGAGAGAGCGACAACUGGAUAUCCGUGAACGUCGGCUGGCCGAUCAGGAGAGACGGCUUAAGAUCGACGAGGAGACAGCUGACCAGGAGAAACGUCGCCUUAUGGAACUGGUCAGCACAUUAGAACUACAGUUGGGACGCCUUUCCAAGGAGUCCGCCGAGGAGAACUGGCAGCUUCGACAGCGCAUGGCCAGUUUGGAGGCGGAGCGGAAGGCCUUCGAACGCGAAAAGGAGUUCCACCGCGAGCAGAUGGAGCGGGAUGAGAAGCGAGUGGAGGAAUUAAAGUCGCUCCAGUUGGCAGAAACCGAACGAUUGCACAACGACCUGCAACAGGAGCGCACCCAGUUGGCAGUGGAACGCCAGAAACUCGAGUUGCAGCACAAGUUGCACGAGCAUGGUGACUUGGACAAGGAUCGAUUGGAGCUGGAAGCGCAGCUCAAAGUGGCUCGCGAUGCCAUUCGGCGGGCGGAUGAGGAGCGGGAUCGCUGCCACAAGCUGCAAAGGGAAGUGGAGCAACGCAAACGUCAUCUUCUGGACAAGGAGAAUGCCCUGAAUCUCAAGGAGGACGAGCUGGGACAGGCCACUAGUGCAUAUCGUAUGGCCACCAGUCGCACCCACAUGGCUGAGCAAAAGGCUCGCGAGGCAGACCAGUUGCUUCAGGCGAAGCUACAGCUCUUGGGUAAGAGGGCUCACGAGCUCGGCGAGAAGGAGGCGCAGAUAGCACAGGAGCGAAUGCUCCUAGCCCAGGACCGCAUAGCCAUUCAUAAUCUGAAAAAGAAAAUCGGGAAAAGUAGAUGUGCCCUCUGCAGGAUGGGAGCAGAAAGUGCCGAGUUGGCUUUGCGCUCAGAUCGUAGGGGAAAUCUACAAAACAUCGCCGACCAUCCCUUGCCUUCCAUGCCGCCCAGCAAUGCCGAGCUACUUCUCAAAAUGGCCGCCACUGAGCCAGGCCAGGCUCAGAGCGAUAUUGUGGAUCGACUGUUGGACGAGAAUAUUGAAGCUUCUUAUCGCAGGAUGUACAAUGUGGCGCCCAGCAGUUCCUUAGACGAGGCAGAAUAUGGCUUGGUUGGUGGAAUGGACGAUGAUUCGAAAGCAGCCAGGAAUCUAGAUCUUGAUGAUGCAUUUUUGGCUACCCUGAAGUAGAGCUUACUU